AUGAUAGGACAGGAUCACAUUCUCUUAGUUAUUCCUUCGUUGGUCACACAGGUGGAUAACACUAUGUUGCUGGCUCCCCCGACCAUGCUGGAGGUCCAUCGCGCAGUCCAACCAUUGCCCACAGACGGUGCUCAGGUGCUCUUUUCUCCAGUUGCUCGGACAUCGUUGAGUCAGCUCCUUCCCUCCCUGAUUUCGCCGGAACAAGGGACUUUCAUCCAGGGCAGAUCCAUAUCAGAAAACAUAGCCCUCGCUCAGGAAUUGUUUAAAGAGCUCAAUAAGAAGUCUCGGGGUGGCAACAUAGUGCUCAAGCUGGACAUGGAAAAGGCAUAUGACAGGGAAGAAUGGAGCUUCCUGAAGCAGAUCCCGGUAUCUAGAGUCAGAACUAUAGAAAGAAUCCUCAGGAUAGCUAAGUCCUCCUCCCCGCUUUCUUAUCCAGGCGUCCCAGUUGCAGCUGGGAGGCUGAAGGCAAGCUUUUUCCAGCCGCUUAUAUGGAAUGUGGGGGCAGGUAAUAGUAAUUUGUGGAGCGUUAAUUGGACUGGUUUGGUUCCCCUGCAACAGCUAACGAACACCCCAGUUCCAGCAAUGUUGAGGUCGCUUAAGGUGAAUGAGUUCCUAAAUGUCAAUGGCCCUCGUCCGCCGUCAGCAAUUUUUAAUUUUCUUCCCCUGGGCGUGGUCGAUCACAUUUUUCAAGGAGCCUUCUAUAUUUCCGAGGGGCAGGACACCCCCUUUUGGCCGUUCACCCCUUCAGGCUGCUUCUCCGUUAAAUCUGCCUGGGCCGUAGGCAGAAUGUCAUCGGCUCGUAAAGACUGGACGCAGUGGGUGUGGCAUGCGAAGCUGCCUCCACGAAUUUCCCUGUUUGUUUGGAAAAUGCUCCAUAAAGCCAUCCCAGUAGAGGAAGCCGUCCAAGCUAAAGGAAUACAGCUAGCAUCAAAAUGUGUUUGUUGUGCUGAUGGAUCGAAUCUAGGCCCGUCAAGCGAGUCCAUUAAGCAUCUUUUUUUGGAAAGUGGGCUGGAUGUUGCUGCCUGGAACCAUUUCGGGGUGGAAUUUGGCAUCAACAUUAUGGCAGUGGCGUCGGUUGAGGUCAGGCUCAUGCAGUGGUGGAACUCCACAAAUGGCAGUAAGAGCUUCUCUCUUAUCCACAAGCUGGUUCCAUGUUUUCUGAUAUGGGAGCUUUGGAAGACUAGAAACGCAGCAUAUUUCGACUGCAAAAACUCCAAUCCAGCGGCGCUGAUCAGGCUUGUUUCUUGGUGGAUGUCCUCAGUAGCUGGUCCCGCAGGAGUCACCCACUCUGAGCACGCUAUGGGCCUCCAUCUUCUUCAAUCAGUUGCACCAAGGAACCCGGGGAAAGCUGGAGGGGGAGGCGUGUGCAGAAAUGAUAAAGGUGAACUGCUCUUCGCCUUUUAUGAAGGCUACAGAGAGGGCUCCAACUUAUAUGCUGAGCUUCGGGCGGUGUAUGAUGGGCUAUUUCAUUGCCUCAAGAUGGGUUUUUCCAAUGUGAUAGUAGAAUCAGACUCUCAGCUAGUGGUGGAAGUAAUGAACGGGAGCGACAUACUCGGGUAUAAAUGGAGAUAUUGGACUACCAGGAUUAAUAGACUCUGGACGAUCGGCCAGGUACAUUUCCAGCACAUCUUCAAGCAAGGCAAUGCUCCAACAGAUUUUCUAGCACGCGUGGGCAAUAACUCCCAAUCCCCCUUUUUCUGUUCCAGGUACGCUGAUCUCCCAUUGCUUCUUAGAGGAUUGCUCUUUCUAGAUAAGGUAGGGCUGGGUUCGGUUAGGGAACGGUAG